AUGGAUACGAUUCUGCACACUUACCUUUUACUUGCAGAGAACCCUGUGAAACUUGACGGCGAAUAUUUGCAAAAAUAUGAUGCCCGAAAGCUUCGAUAUGGUAAAAACAUCUUAGAAGGGUUACCACAUCUAGUCGUACAGUCUAUUUUAGAAGCCACUCCCCAUUUGAAUAUUGCGGACAAUUCCGAUGAGAUUCAGGUUUUAGAGGCGCUCAGAACCUUCUGUGGCCGCUUUAGCUCCAGUGAAGAUGCAUUACUGCUUGCAAUUGCCCUUUUACAAACAUUUAUUCAAAAUAAUUAUACGGGUCCAUGCUUUCUAAGUGAAAUUAAAGAAAUUGAAGGCGCUAAGCAGAGUGUUUUGGUUAAUUUGCUGUCAUCUGGUGGGCAACCAGCAUAUGAUUUAAUGGAAAGUCCAUUACUUCUAAUCCUAUCACUAAUACUGUUGGAACAAAUUACACAACAACCAAGUAUUUUGGGUAAUGCUACGGAUGAUGAAGAAAUUGAUCCACCAGUUGUCUCUCCCACCAAUACUCCCAGUUUGCUUGCGGUUGCCCAUUGGUGGAGAGCUAGAGCGCUAGUAACACAUUUGUCUCUGUUAUCAGAGCCAUCUGGAUACCAACCAGCAAUCAUUGCAUCCAUUUUAGGUUCUGUAGACCUAGUUCAUGCCAUUACCAAGGAUCUACCAUCCGAAUUUCCUGAAAUGACAAAGAAAAACCUUUACACUAUUUUUUACUUGGAAAACGUUAAAUCUUCGUUAGCCAUCAAUACAGAGCACUUAUGCCUACCUACCUUGACAAAGGUUAAAAAAUUGACCAAUUUUGAAUUUGUGUUGACUGGUGCUCGUGCUAUAAGAACCAAGUUUCAACAAAAGUCUCAUUCAGGAUUAAUUAUUCUGGCUGAAUCAUCAUUUCAAUCGCUCGAAGCUGAACAAGGUGAACCUGAAGAUGCCCUACCGGAAAAUUUCACACUUCAAUCAGAUUUACUUCUGGAAAAGACUCAUUUUGAAUCCAUUGGAAAUGAACCUUUAGAUCAGCAAAUUGUAAAAAGUAGAAAAUUGGAAAGUGAUGAAGAUAUGGAGGAAGAAAAUAAAGUACUACCAGUUGCACUCCGUCAAGAAAAUAUUCCUUCUCAUUUACAAGCUUUAGAUCCUAAUGAGCAACCAAAACUCUCGAAUUACGAUAACAUCCAGUUGUUAUUACGUUUAUAUGUUCUAAGACAACUCAGUCCCGCUAAGGAUCCAAUGGUAGAAGAAGAAUUAGGCGCCGUUAUCUACAGAAUUAUUCACCAAGAUGGCCCCAAGAAUUAUGGUAUUUUCUCCCGUGCAUUAUGGGAAAGAUCUGUUGUUGAAACGUUAAAGGCUAGAACCGUAGAAAGAGGGUUGCUGCAGAUGCAAGCGCUAGUCGAAGAACUUGGCCUCAGAAUAAGAACAAAAUUACUCUCGCACGAUGAUAACACUGAAAAUCCUCCAUCCAGACUCAAAUACAUCCAUCAGCUUCCCUUUAUUCCACGUUGGGAACUCGAUACCCUUUUGGCAGAGAAAUACAUGUCACUAGGUGUGCUGAAAUCAGCAGUAGAAAUUUACGAAAGACUUCAUUUGGCUUGUGAAGCUGCCUUAUGUUAUGCCGCUGUUGGUGAUGAAAGACAGGCAGAAACUAUAAUCCUAAACAGAAUAAAUGAAAACCCCAAGGAUGCAAGAGCAAUUUCCAUUCUUGGUGACAUCAGACAAGAUCCAAACUUAUGGGAACAAAGUUGGCAAAUCGGCAAAUAUGUUAAUGCAAAGAAUUCUUUGGCUAAAUACUAUUACCAACCACCACCAUCAUCAGGUCUUACAAAGAAUUUGGGAGCCGUCUUGAGACAUUUGAACGAUUCCCUGAGAAGAUACCCAUUAAGUUUUGAAACUUGGUAUUUCUACGGAUGUGUAGGACUAGAAAGCGGAAAAAUGGAAUUGGCCGCUGAGGCCUUUUCGCGCUGUGUAUCAUUAGAUCCUACCCAUGGUGCAGCUUGGUCCAAUUUAAGUGCAGCAUAUGUCGAAUUGGACAAAUUGAAGGAGGCAUUCAGUUGUUUGAAGCAAGCAGUUUCAACAGACGCUAGAAAGAAUUGGCGUAUAUGGGAAAAUUACAUGCUUGUUGCUAUGAAAUUGAACGAGUGGCAAGACGUUCUCAUGGCAUGUAAAAAUUUGGUCACUAUUAAAAGGGACAGGGUUGGUGAAGCUUCUAUCGAUUUACCGGUGGUUGAGAAGCUUGUUGAAUUACUUAUAUCUACAGAUUACGAAGUGGAUUCCUUAUCGUACUACCAAAGAUCAUGCAUUGAUUUCAUCUGCAAUACGAUACCUUCUAUAGUGACAACAAGCGCUAGGUGCUGGAGAAUUGUCGCUAGAGUAGAACUUUGGAGAGGAAGACCAUGGGCAGCUCUUGAUUGUCAUGAAAAGGCGUACCGUGCCGUUUCUCAUAAUCCUGAUUUAGAGAUUAAUGAAAAAAUCUGGGAAGAAACUGUUGAUGCGUGUGACGAUUUAGUUGCCGCCUACGAAUCCCUUGGUGAAAUGGAAGGCAGACAUGGAUCCGGUUCAUUGGUAUGUCAAGACUGGAAAUACAAAUCUCGCGCUACCAUUAAAGCCCUAAUGAGCAAAGGGAAAGGUAUCUGGGAAGAAUCAGAUGGUUGGGAGAGGUUGUUAGAGAUGAGAAGACAACUGUGA